CUCCCCGUCAAACACACAACAACCGCCAAAAUGACCAAGCGCACAAAGAAGGUCGGCAUCACCGGAAAGUACGGUACCCGUUACGGUGCCUCGCUCCGUAAGCAGGUCAAGAAGAUGGAGAUCACACAGCACGCCCGCUACGUGUGCCAGUUCUGCGGAAAGAACGCAGUCAAGCGCACCGCCGUCGGUAUCUGGAACUGCCGAUCCUGCCGCAAGACCACCGCUGGAGGAGCCUACACCGUCUCUACUCCUGCUGCCGCCGCCACAAGGUCAACGAUCCGUCGUCUCCGCGAGAUUGCUGAGGUUUAAGGGAACAUUGGGCACUGGGAUGGUGGAGUUCUUCGAGCGUGUUUCUCUGCAUCGGCAGCCAUUAUCCGAUUAAGAUGGCUCACAGCAGCAUUCGGAUGCCGGUCCUGUAACGAUCAUGGGUUUAUCAGGAUUUCUCACAAAACAAUGGCAACUUCAUGACCAGUCAUGUUUCUCCCGACUUGCAGCGUGAUGAAGCAAGCAAUGACAGGCAUUCCUAUGAACCAACGGAAUUUAC